CGACAGGAUCUUGUUCUCGAACCCGACCGGGCCAUGGCGAACAUAUAUGAUGCUUCCCCGCUCUCUUAUCAGGAUUAAGAUGCGGGCAAAAUAUGCAAGAUGCAUAUCCCCCGAGCUGCCAAAGCUUAGUACUCGAGUAGUCUGGGCCGCUGGACCAUAUAUGAGAGAUCCCUCUGUCAUUACCAACAACAGCCAAUUGGGAGGUUGGCAAUGCUAUCAGGGCCAAGUCGCAAGACCUUCCAAGCAUGAAGGUUCGAAGUCUAUGCCGGACUCGACGGGUGAUGUUGUAGUGGAAGUCUGCCGCCCGCUUAGAUUGGUCUAGCAAGCCGAUCUGCAAGGAUGAAAUCUCUGGCUUAUCGUGGCUUUUUCUCCACUCAAACAUUUACCUUUUGUCGUCGUUGC